AAAAUAUAUCCUAAGCUCCUAGUUGUUUAAUAGUAACCGUCCGCUCGCCGUUGCCCGUUGGGUGGAAAAAGAGGGAAGCAAGAAGCGAUGCUCCUCCCACUAAGCCCGGAGCUCUGUUCCACGGCCGCGCUUCCCGCCGGCCUCUCCCUCCGCUGCCGCUACCACCCGACCGCCUCGACCUCUCUCGCCGCUCUCCGACACUCCCUCCCCCUCCCUUCCCCUCCCCGCCUCCUCCAUUGCGGCGCCCUCUUCUCAAACGCCCCAUCUCUCCUCCCCCUUCGCCGCCGCCUUCCCUCACCUAAAAGGGCUUCCUUGGUCGCCGUGGAGCCCUCGCGACGAGAGGAAGGGGAAGGGGACGAGGGGGAGAUGGAGUCGGAAGACGCGGGAAGGCCUUUGGUUCAGCCGCUCUCGGAUGGGACAGCAGAGAGGGACAUGAGGUCCCUUCCCUCUCCCACCGUCGAAGUGAGGGAGCUGGAGGAGCUCCCGGAGCAGUGGAGGAGGGCCAGGAUUGCGUGGCUUUGCAAGGAGCUGCCUUCCCACAAGAACUCCACAUGCGUCAGAAUCCUCAACGCGCAGCGCAAGUGGAUCACACAGGAGGACGCCACCUACAUCGUCCUCCACUUCAUGCGGAGCCGAGAUAAUGAAGCCAGUUUCCGGGUAUACAAAUGGAUGGCCCAGAGGCACUGGUUCCGGUUCGAUUUCGCUCUGGCGACGAAGCUAGCUGAUUACCUGGGAAAGGAUCGGAAAUUCACAAAAUGCCGCGAGAUGUUUGAUGCCAUAAUCAAUCAAGGUCGCAUCCCCAGUGAGUCCACAUUUCAUAUUCUGACUGUUGCUUAUCUCAGUGCACCUGCAGAAGGCUGCCUUGAGGAGGCGUGUGCAAUCUACAAUAAGAUGAUUCAGUUAGGUGGUUACAGGCCGAGGCUCAGCUUGCACAACUCUCUCUUUCGAGCACUUGUCCGUAAGACAGGAGGGUCGUCAAAGCAUUAUCUCAAGCAGGCUGAAUUCAUCUUCCAUAAUAUGGUGACAUCUGAUCUUGAGGUUCAUAAGGAUAUCUAUGCUGGACUAAUAUGGCUCCACAGCUAUCAAGAUGUUAUAGAUAGAGAAAGAAUUGCUGCUCUGAGGGAAGAGAUGAGGCAUGCCAAAGUCGAGGAGAGCAAGGAUGUUUUACUCUCCAUCAUGAGAGCUUGCUCCAAGGAAGGAGAUGUAAAAGGAACAGAGAGAACAUGGCUCAAGCUUUUAGAGUCCGGUUGCAGUCUCCCUUCGCAAGCCUUUGUUUAUCGAAUGCAUCUUUAUGCGAAGGCCAAUGAGCCAAUGAAAUCACUGGAGAUAUACAAAGGGAUGAAGGAGCAGAAAAUACCCGUAAGUGUUGCCGCAUAUCAUAAGAUAAUUGAGGUCAUGUCGAAUGCUCGAGAAGUUGAAACUGCGGAAGAAUUGAUAGAUGAUUUCAUUGAAAGUGGCAUGAAGCCUCUCAUGCCUGCCUAUCUCGAUUUGAUGCGCAUGUACCUCCAUUUGGGCAUGCAUGACAAAUUGGAACUUACAUUCUCAAGAUGCCUCGCGCUAUGCAGUCCGAAUCGGACCCUCUACAAUAUAUACUUGGAAUCUUUGGUAACGGUUGGUAACCUUGAGAAGGCCGAGGAGAUUUUUAAUGAAAUGCAUGAGAAUGGGACAAUUGGUACCAAUGCCCGCUCCUGCAACACCAUUUUAAGAGGGUUUCUUGCCGUAGAAGAUCAUGUUAAGGCUGCAAAGAUACAUGAUAUAAUGCGUCAAAAGAAAUAUGAUGUUGAACCUCAAUCUCUUGAAAAGCUUCAUUAUGUUCUUAGCCAGAACAGGAAGGUAGUCAGAAGAACUGUGAGUAUGAAACUUGAUCAGGAACAACGUGAGAUUCUGAUUGGCUUGCUGCUAGGCGGCAUACGGAUGGAAUCAGAUGAGAAGAGAAGGAAUCAUGCAAUCCAUUUUGAGUUUGAUGAAAGUUCCGGUGUCCAUUCCGCUUUGAGGACGCACAUUCAUGAAAGAUUUUACGAGUGGUUGACUCAAUCGAGCAGGUUAGCUGAGGAUGAUCAUGAGAUACCAUAUCGAUUUUCUACUAUCUUACACUCUUAUUUUGGUUUUUUCGGUGAUCAGUUCUGUCUUAAAGGACGACCCAUGAUUCCAAAGCUUAUCCACAGAUGGUUGUCAGCACGAGUUUUAGCAUACUGGUACAUGUAUGGGGGAUUCAGAACAUCCUCAGGUGAUAUUUUGCUCAAGAUGAAAGGAGAAAAUCGUGAAGAUGUUGAAAGAAUUGUAAAGGCAGUGCAAGCAAAGUCCCUAGCUUGUAGAGUAAAGAGAAAAGGUAGAGUGUUUUGGAUAGGUCUUCAAGGAAGCAAUGCAGAUGCAUUCUGGAAAUUAACAGAAUCUUAUGUUUUGGAGAGUGUCAAGAAUCUUCUGGCACCACAUGAUGGUCUUACAGGAAAUGGAAGGGAAGAAGGUCAAUUCCAUGACUCUCAGAUUGAGUCUGAUCCUGUUGAGCAGGGGUCUGUUUAGAAGGUGGUGAAAAUUUUUCAUUAUUUUCAACACAAAGCUCAAAGAUGCUCAAGACUAGAAAAGGCCAUUAACAUGAGUGUAAGUUUUGAAACUUACUUUUGGUGCAUUUUAUUGCUGCAGCGGAAGGCCAUUUGGUUCGAGGAUGAAACAACAUAACUGAAUCUAGAAGGCAGGGAUUUCACUGGUUUUAAUAAGAUGAGUUCAUACAGAUGAAGCACUUUUGGGUUUCAGUGUGCCCAAAUCAAUUAUUGUAGAUGAAGCAUUCCCUUGUUGAAAUUAAGUAUGGUUCAUACGUUUAAUUACUUGAAUCAUUACCAGAUUAUAUUUUUUUUCUA